AUGGCGAGGGCCGCUGGCCUGUUGGCCUCGCUUUUCGCCGGCUCAUCUCCCAGCUCCGACUCGGAUUCGUCUUCAUCCGCAUCCAAGGCGAAUGUGAGCAAUCAGCCACCGCAGCUGCAACAGGAUGGCGAUGAGCAUCAAGCUGCCAAGCACAGCCGUACUCCCAGCGACGAGACAGAGCAGCACAGCGGAUCGUCGUCGGAUCAGGACGUAGUCAUGCUCCAAGUCACUCCUGCUGCUUCAGCGCCCAUCGCAUUGGGUCAGAUGAGCUCAAAGGAUGCUCAAGAGGUUGCAGACGUCGAUAUGGAGCUCUCAUCGCCUCCCAGCUCUCCUCCGCCUUCCGCACCUCCUACACCUCAGUCCACUACGAGACAACUACCUGGUCCGCAGUCAGCAGAGUUGGAGCCAUCCUCUUCGGGUCCUGGAAGAGCCUUGUCCUCCCAUUCUCCACUCUCGACACCCACAUUCCAGGCUGGACCAUCGGCCGGCCGCGCAGCCCCGACAUCGACACCGACUGUCCAACGCACCUCUCGUCGACGAAUGAUGCCCGCGCGUCUGUCACAGGUCUCUUCUCUUCUUGCUGGCUCGAUGCUUGAAGAGGAGCUACUCUUGAUCGAUCAAGCUUCAUCACCCUCUUCUUCCUCCUUUCCACAAGCCGUGACAGCCGAAAGCAGCAACUCCAAUGGGGCAAGCUCAUCGCUCGCAGUAGCGAGACGUGCCUCAGAUACAUCUCAAGUCAGAUCCACAUCCAACCGCAUCUUCACCACCUCUUCCAUCAUCCUCCUCACUUCCGAUAACAAACUUCUCUCCCGUGCUAUCUUUCCGCAUGCCUCGGCCUCAGCCGACAACAUUCCUGCCACCCAUGUUCACAUCAAGGCUGAAAAAGAGGACAGCCAGCUAUCAAUCCCCACGACAGCAGCGACGCCAUCGUUAAAGGCAGUCGAGACAACCGGCUUUAUCAGACCGUCAGCUCCCUCGAGCUCAUCAGUCAUCUCGACACUUGCUAUCAAACGGCAACAGCUCAUCGAAACUCCAGACUUCAAGCCACGCGACGAUACCCUCUACAUGCCCAAAACGCGUGGUCUUCGAUCCGAAGCUGCUGAGGAUACUUCCGAUGCUGCUUACCAGCGCAGACAUCGCAAGCCAGAGUCUGCCGAAAAGCGUCAGAGAAAGGCCGAGGUCGACCGCCUUUCUCGCGACCGACAAAAGCUGCUUUCACGCAUCGAGCAACUCAAGAUCGCCGAGGCACGCAUGCUCCAGCCCAUCGUAGUGGCUCGCGAUCAGGUCAGAGCAGAAGCAGCAGCAAGCAACGCUGACAAAGAUCACCAACCAGAAGCGCCACUCAAGCCUCUGCAUGAACGCAUCGAAGAUGUCCGAAAGGAGUUGUUGGCUGAUGCCUACGAGACUUUGAAGCGGUACGAUCUUCUGCUGUCCACUUCAAACGAUGCCAAGCCUGCAUCACCUGGGCCGUCCGCACCGCCCAACAAGGCCGACGCAACAGCGGACAAAGUUAGCACUGCUGCUGCUGAUGACAUGAGCACACGUAGUCAGUCGCCUAGACUCAAGAUUCGUAUCAAAGGUGGUCGCGCUACUUGGGAGACGGCAGAGAGCGCAAGCCCGACAGCCCCCAAGCAAUCUCCAACCUCUGUCGAUAGAAGCGAUACAACGCCGAGGCAUAGCUCACGUCAGCCAAAGCACAGAGUUGAGACCCUUCCUACUCCUCUCACUGCUGCUGCAGUCGAGGCCGUCGAAGAAGGUCGUCGCAAGCGGCGCAUAUCGUCAGGUGCUCAAGCUCAAGAGACAAGUCCGAGUCAGAAGAGGGACGUCAUCGCGACAACAACAAAAGCUAGGGCAGCAAUGGAUGCCGUCUCGCCAGAAAGGCGAGCGCGCAGGCGUGGCAGUCCAGAGGUCGGUGGUAUCUACAAGGGCAAAUCCACAUCCAAGGAGGACGCCGAAGCAUCAGCUGAGAGAUCCAACGGGCGACCAAAACGUGCUGCUGCAGCCGCAGCUGCUGUUGCAUCCGCUCGUCAGCGCCAGUACGCUGACCGUUCCUUCUCCGAUUUUGACGAUGAAGAUGACGAUGAGGAAGUCGUGUCUGCACUAGACGAUGCCAGUGCGCCGUCGUCUCCCCCGAAGCAACGCUCGCCACGUCACAGCCUUCGCCAGUCUCCUGUCAAGACUCGUGACCACCGAUCUCCCUCUGCAGUAUCGACGUCUUCGGCUGUGUCUUCCAUGGUCUCUUCGAUCGGUUACAUGUAUCCUACGGUCGCAGAUACGGGCUCGCUCAAAGUAUCGCAAUCCUUGGCCGAGAUCCAAGCCACCGAUGCAGAGGCGACUUGUUCCAGUCCUCUUCCUGAAACAGACGGACGUGAUGGAGCGAGGAAGAAGCUCAAAGUCGUCCUGUCCAGGUCACCCUCCGAGACUGGACUGGAUGGCGAGACGCAAAGGGCUCUGACGGAAGCAUUGGACUCGGACGCGGAAGAGCGAGACUCGAAGCGUGAAAAAGGACGAGGGUUUGGCGGAGCGCUCACUGAGAGCGAAGCUGAAAGUAUUUUAGCAGCUUUUCUUGGUACAACGCCACUCGGGAAGAGCACAAAGCUAGCAGCGGCUGCAAAGCCGAAAGAGGAUAGGAAAGUUUCCGCUGGAGCGACAGCUGCAAGUACGUCUCCAGCCGCGACAGCGUCUGCUUCCACUGCAGCACCGAUGACAACGGCAACACCUUCAAAAACAUCAGCCUCUCUGGCAUCCGCGUCAGCAUCGCAACAAACAUCAACACUUAACAAGCGCCGUUCUUCUCGACGUGACACAACACAGUCAUUUGGCGAAAAGUUGCCUGAUCUUCUCACUAGGACAGCACCCUUCGAUUUCACCGUCAUGGGCUACCUUCGUUCCAUUGAUCGGCCUGGGAGAUCCGGCCAGCCCGAAAGGAAGCAUGACGCCGAAGAAGAUGAAGCAUGA